UGAGAGGUCAGCGGCCGUGACACGCUGGAGGGAGACGUCGGGGUGGCUUUGUGGUCAUGUCAUCGCUGCCAACGGUCGUCUCAUGGUUGUGCAGCCUGACUCUGAAGAAGCUGGUGGUCUUCAAGGAGCUGGAGAAGGAGCUGAUCUCCGUGGUGAUCGCCGUCAAGAUGCAGGGCUCCAAACGGAUCCUGCGGUCCCAUGAGAUUGUGCUGCCCCCCAGUGGACAAGUGGAGACAGACCUGGCCCUGACCUUCUCCCUGCAGUAUCCUCACUUCUUGAAGAGGGAAGGCAACAAGCUUCAGAUCAUGCUGCAGCGCAGAAAGCGCUACAAGAACAGAACCAUCCUGGGCUACAAGACGCUGGCCGUGGGCUCCAUCAGCAUGGCUGAGGUGAUGCAGCACCCGUCUGAAGGCGGCCAGGUGCUGAGCCUCUGCAGCAGCAUCAAGGAGGCCCCCGUCAAGGCAGCCGAGAUCUGGAUUGCCUCCCUGUCCAGCCAGCCCAUUGACCACGAGGACAGCGCCAUGCAGGCCGGCCCCAAGGCCAAGUCCACGGAUAACUACUCUGAGGAGGAGUAUGAGAGCUUCUCCUCUGAGCAGGAGGCUAGUGACGACGCUGUGCAGGGGCAGGACUUGGACGAGGAUGACUUCGACGUGGGGAAGCCGAAGAAGCAGCGGAGAUCGAUUGUAAGAGCGACGUCCAUGACCAGGCAACAAAACUUCAAGCAGAAAGUGGUGGCGCUGCUGCGGAGGUUCAAAGUGUCCGAUGAGGUCCUGGACUCGGAACAGGACCCUGCGGAGCACAUCCCCGAGGCGGAGGAGGACCUGGACCUCCUAUAUGACACGCUGGACAUGGAGCACCCCAGCGACAGCGGCCCCGACAUGGAAGACGACGACAGCGUCCUUAGCACCCCCAAGCCAAAGCUGCGGCCGUACUUUGAAGGCUUGUCACACUCGAGCUCGCAAACAGAGAUCGGGAGCAUCCACAGCGUCCGCAGCCACAAGGAGCCCCCAAGCCCGGCGGACGCGCCCGAGAAGACACGGUCCCUGGGAGGCAGGCAGCCGAGCGACACUGUCUCUGAUACGGUGGCCCUCGGUGUGCCGGGCCCGAGGGAGCAGCCUGGACAGCCUGAGGACAGCCCCGAGGCUGAGGCCUCCACCCUGGACGUGUUCACAGAGAGGCUGCCGCCCAGCGGGAGGAUCACCAAGACAGAGUCCCUUGUCAUCCCCUCCACCAGGUCCGAGGGGAAGCAGGCUGGCCGACGGGGCCGGAGCACGUCCCUGAAGGAGCGGCAGGCAGCGAGGCCCCAGAAUGAGCGGGCCAACAGUCUGGACAACGAGCGCUGCCCGGAUGCCCGGAGCCAGUUACAGAUCCCCAGGAAGACUGUCUAUGACCAGCUCAACCACAUCCUCAUCUCCGAUGACCAGCUUCCCGAAAACAUCAUCCUCGUCAACACCUCGGACUGGCAGGGGCAGUUCCUCUCCGACGUCCUGCAGAGGCACACGCUCCCCGUGGUGUGCACGUGCUCUCCCGCGGACGUCCAGGCAGCCUUCAGCACCAUCGUCUCACGGAUACAGAGAUACUGCAACUGCAAUUCCCAGCCCCCGACCCCCGUGAAGAUCGCCGUGGCGGGAGCGCAGCAUUACCUCAGCGCCAUCCUGCGGCUCUUCGUGGAGCAGCUGUCCCACAAGACGCCCGACUGGCUCGGCUACAUGCGCUUCCUGGUCAUCCCGCUGGGCUCCCACCCCGUGGCCAGGUACCUAGGCUCCGUGGACUACCGCUACAACAACUUCUUCCAGGACCUGGCCUGGAGAGACCUGUUCAACAAGCUGGAGGCCCAGAGUGCGGUACAGGACACGCUGGACAUUGUGUCACGCAUCACCCAGUACAUCGCAGGGGCCAACUGUGCCCACCAGCUUCCCAUCGCAGAGGCCAUGCUGACCUACAAGCAGAAAAGAUCUCUCAUAGUAGGCGCUGUUUCCACACCUGUUUCUGUGCAUGUUGAAACCCCGCGUGAUGAGAAGUUGACAGGAUGGACAGCUGUCAUGGGGCUAGGGUGGCAGUGGCCCAGCUCCUCUAGUCUGGGCACCUGUUCCUUCCACAGACUGGGUUUCCCGGGCUGGGGAACCGAGGAGUCCCUGGGCCUCAGGCCCUGUGGGUGAGUGAUCAGCUUGUGUCCUCACCUGCCCAGAGCAGGACAGUGCUCAGGAGCCCCGGGCCGAACGCCCUGCAGAGACCUGUGUGUCCCACCCGGUGCCUCCUCCCUGCACAUCCGGCACCAGCCGUCCCACACCUUCCCUAGACUACGGGGGAGAGAGCUGAGUGCAAGGCGCAGAGCCAGCACUCACGGGCUCUCCCACACAGGAACCCCAGCGAGGCGGGAGCCACUGAGUGCCCUUGGCAGUCCCCGGAGGGCUCCUGAGGGCAUCGUAACGUGUCUGUGUUUUCUCUUUUGGUGGCUUUCUGAAAAGGAAAAAGCAUUUUCAUUUUGACUUUACCCUAAGGUAUGGCUCUCUGGGUCUGCCUCCCACCCUGUCUGUCCCCAGGCUGGUCUUUAGGGCUUGUUUAGCAGAGUCACCAUCCGGGUCACCCUGCUGUCCUCUCUCGGGACUGGGAGUCAGGCCCUGAGGGCCGCCAGCUGCAGGCUGAGAGCCCGCGUGGGAGAGGGGAGGUGGCCCCAACCGGAGUCACUUUGCGCUGACGUGAACCCUUUUCCUCCAUCCAGUCUCUCACCCUGAGUCAGGAAAGCAGCAGAUGUGCCCUCCUGUCCCCGGGCCAGGCCCGUGUGCUGGGACUCCACCCCAGAGCCCUGAAGCCUGCAGGUCAGCCAGGCAGGCCUUGUCCCCACUCUGGUUUGGCCCUGGGUUUUGGUUUAAGAAGUGGCCAGGUUUAGCCCCUCCUCAUUUUAAACCAGGAGCGAGUGGCUGAUGUAGACACCAGGGCCACCUGGGCCAGGCUGUGCCCCAGGCCCUUCACGUUUGUUAACCUGGCAGCAGCCUAGCAGGGGCACUGGUGCACGCCCUACACAUGGGGAUGCUGAGGCAAGUAGAUAAGGAGCAGGCCCGGUGACACGGCAGUCAGCGGCUGGGCCCUGGGCUGCCUGCACGCUGCAGAGCCUGGCUCCCAGGGCUCCCUUGAGCACCCAGGGCCAGCAGAGAGGGCUUUCCAGCAUCUUGUGGCUUACCUGGAGAUGAGGCCAAACUACUGAGACCUCCAAAUGGGGGUAAAGAGCUUUUGUUCUGAGGCAGCUCCACCCCCUAAAACCUUUCAUGUUUAGAGCCAAGUCUCAGGCACCCCCAGAGCUGCCCUUUCAGACAGAGCCAUCCCUUUUCCUUGGCCAGGUGUGUCCUGCUGCAGGGUGGGGGACCCUGCUGGUCCUCCCAUGGGGCUCGUCCUCUGCUCCGUGUCUUCUGCCCUGUGUGAGGUCAUUUGUUGUCCUGGGAAACCCACCCCCACACCCCACCCCAGUGCAGGGUAGUUGGGUCCCUGGGGCCCCCUUGCUGGAAAUACUGCAGGCCUAGGAGCUGCUCAAAGUGGACAGCCUGGGACCACCCACAGCUGCAGGGCUGGGCGCUAGGAAGACACAGGAAGGGGGCUGAGCAUCCCACGUCUUGUCCUGCUAAACAAGCCUUUGCAGGUGAAAGACCAGCCAUGGGGGCCUCUCCCCUGCUGACCCCCGGCGGCCUGCACCCUUGCCCCCUGGCUGUGGCACGAAGAGCCUGCAGCAUGCUCUGGCUGCCCAGGCUGUGGAUGCAGCUUCUUGUCCCUCCCAGGUCAGCUCUUCUGAGCAGCAAGCCAGGGCCUUAGGGGACCCUAACACCCACUCCCACCCUGCUCCUCCUGCCCCUGCCUCCGCGUUACAGGGGUGACGCUGGCUGCCUCCGCGUUACAGGGGUGACGCUGGCUGCCUCCGCGUUACAGGGGUGACGCUGGCUGCCUCCGUGUUACGGGGUGACACUGGCUACCUGGGGCCCUGGAAGGAACCCAGCGAAGGCCAUGAGUGUCUUACCUGCUGUCUCUACUCAGAGGAGGGUCAGUUGGGAGGCUGACAGAGGGCAGGUGGCAGGCGGUGGCACAGCCCUUGUGGCAGGGGACCUGUGCAGGGUCCUCUCCAGCCAGGCUCCCCUGUGAGAGUCCCUUGUGAGAUGACCCCUGCUGGCCUGCCCUCCUCUGCCCAGAAUGGCACUCCUCCUAUGAGGGCAGGCCAGGCCUGCAGGGUGGCCACAAGCCCCAGCCUGCCCGUGCAGCACACAUGGGUGAAAAGGGCUGCUCAGGCAUCCGGCAGCUUGCCCAGAGCCAGGCAGAGUGGCCCGAGGGGCAUCUGCGCCCUCCGUGCCUGCGGGGCCUCCCCGCGCCGCGGUGCUGUGCUCCUCACGCUCCUGACCACUCUGCCUCCACAGACACGUGUGUGCCUCCAGGGUCAGGGUGAGGGUCUCAGUGUCCAGCUGGUGUCAUCCCUGUCAUAUCGGCCCAUGUCCAGGGCUGGGUGCUGUCUGCAUGGCCCAGAGGUGCAGCUUGGCUUUGAAAGUUCCGGCAACAUCCCUGUGUUGUGAUGUCUCCUGCAUUCGGCCCUCAUGUGCCACGCACUGCCCCAUGGGCCUCGGAGCAGAGCAUGGAUGGGAGGCCACCCUGCCAUGGCUGGCUCGGUGGGGGGUCUGGCUCGGCAGAGGGCAGGUGGCCCCGGGAAUUGGAGCCACCUGUGCCCUGGGGACCAGCAGCCACCACCUGCCUUCUGUGCCUUCGCGGGCCUGGGAGGACACAGAUGUCACUGAGAUUUCCAAACACUUGUCUGCUCAACGAGGAUAGUGGGAUGUCAAGGGCCACGUCCAGGCACUCCUGCCUGACAGCUGUGGACAGAGCCAGGGUGCUGGGGGGCCAGGAGGCCGCUCUGAGCCGUCCUGAGGCAGAGGCGGGCCCGAACACAGGAUGUGCAUCACUUGAUGUUAUUUGAACUGGACAAGAAGAGGGGAAAGUUUCUCUUUCAACUCUCUUUUCCUUAGAAAUGGAACUAGGCCUGGGACAUCUUUAAUGGGAUGGACGAAAUCUGUAGGUGGUUUCAUCCAGAGGCAUUCGCCAGGCCUUCUGCAGAGGGUGGGCCAGGAGCUAUCCAGGUUGGCGUCGGGGGAGGGUGGGUCUUGCCAGCCGCCGUCUCCUCACACUGGUGCUGCUGGGACCAGCCGCGGGGGCUGCCUCCUGGGAGUGUCCUCUGGACCGGCCCCCGGGCAGGGGCUGUUUUGCUCGUGGGCACGCUUGGUGUGGAGCACUGGGAUCAAGUCUCUGCCCUGCAGGGCUCUUGGGGAGAUAGUGCUGCUGGUCCUGGGAGCCGGUGCUCCAGGCAGACGGCCGGGCUGGGCCUGUGGCAUCCUCCCCCGGGCCUCUUUCCUGCAAGGGAUUCUCCCUCUGCUGACAAGAACCCAAGGGAGGGCCGGGGCCACUGGGUGAGCCCAUGUCCUGCCCCUGGUGCAGGGCUGUCCCUGAGGGGCACCCUGCUGGCCUGGCCAUUCUUGUCCUGCCCCCAGCGCUCCAGGGGCAACAGGUGCUCCUCUGCAAUGUGUGUGCACAGUCUCCACCUGUAAGACAGCCACUUGCUGGCAUCAGACUCUGCGGUUUGGGGAAACGAGACAGAAGAGACAGCUGGGAGAACUGCCCAGAGAGACGGCACCAGUUGCUGAUGUGGUCUGGCUGAGGAAGCCGGGCGGGGAGGCACCCCUGUCCCUAAGUGCAGGCCACGGGGAGCCUUGAGGCCAGCGGAGAGAAGGAAAGAGGGGAGCCAGACCCAUUCCACCACUCAGGAUAGGCCCUGCCCUCUGGGUCUUUCCUGGGGCCCAGAAGGAGAUGCCCCACCUUACCCUAGCUGCCAGCAGGGCUUCAUGCUGUGCCGGCCCCUUGUCUUGUGGGAGAGCUUCCGGGGCCCAAGCCUAGGUUGCAGUGGCCACGGUCAGCAGGAGCCUGCGUGAAGCCGGACCACAGGACAGCCCUCCUUGAGCCGCACACAUCGGAGGGGAAGACAGAUGGGUCCUCUCAGCAGCCCUACAGCUCAUUUCCUCACACCCUUGGCAUCUUCGCGUGGACGGGCUGUGACCAGACCUCUAGAAGAGGCUGCUGUUAUCUGCCAAAUGUUGUAUGGGGCCAAGUCCAGACAAAACCUCCACUGUCCACCGAGCACAUCAUCUCACGCGGGUCAUGGCCUGGGGUGUGCUGGGCCUGCCUGCAGGCUGUGCUUGGGGUGUUCUGGUACAGUGGCCUCUCAUGUGGGCACGGACAUUACCCAGAUGGUCUGGAGAAAACCUCUCCGCCCUGGCUUUGGUGCUGCUGAUUACCAGAGAGGGCCCAGGCUCCUCCCAGGAGUCCCAGGGCACCAGUAGCUGCCCUUACCCAGCGGAGCAGGGGUACCCAGCUUGGUGGAGCAGCGGAAGUGUAGGCUGGACGGGGCUGAGCUGGCUGCGUGGGCGUUGGGCACCUAGGAUGGCUGAGUGAAUCCCUCCGUGGAGCUCUGCCUUCUGGCCUGUCCUGACCAUGGGUGCACAGAGACCCCUUUCUCCUUCUCGCAUGUCAGCAUGUCAGAAGGGGCCCAAACUUUGGUCCUGGGGGCCAGGCCAGGGCUGGCAGUGGUUGGGGAUGGGUGGGGCUGGGACACACUGGGCAGGGCCGACUGGGGCAGGGCCGUGGCCCUGGGGCUGUGCCAGGUUCUCAGGCCAAGAGGGAGCUGUGCCCAACAGGCGGGGCUGUGCCCUGAGGAGAGCUUAACUGUCUGUUUCCUUGC